AUGUUAAAUACUCUACUUGGACGGAGCUAUUUAAGGUUCAUGCAAAGUCUCACCAAGGUCCUUCACCAUAUCAUUCCUCCAGCCAAGGGUAAGGAGCAGCCUCCUCCAUCUAUGUAUGCGGAGAAGGAACUAUGUAUGACCUUGAAUGCCACGGUUCUCUCGUGGAUUUAUGCCACCAUGUCUAGUGAUUUUUUAAACAUCAUUAUUAAGCCCGACUCUGAGGCUGUGGAAGCUUUGGAUAGGUUGCGUGACAUAUUUCAAGAUAAUGAACAUUCUCGUGCCGUGGCUUUGGAACAAGAAUUCUCCAUCACUACUAUGGAGGAUUUCCCAAAUGUAUCCUCUUAUUGUCAACGUCUCAAGUCCCUUGCAGAUCAAUUGAAGAAUGUUGGGGCUCCGAUGCCUAACAAUCGAAUGGUGUUAUAG